AUGAAAACUCACCAUUUUGUAGGCGAGAUAAAAAUAAAACAAUCGUGGUGAAAUAAUAUAAAUUAAAAAUUUUUUAAUAUAAAGGCUUGUAUAUUAAAUAUAUUUUGACAUACUUGAUUUAAAGAAUUUAUUUCUCAUGCGCCAUAUUGAUUUGGCACACGAAUUUUCUGCAUUGAAAAAUUCAAUACGCUAUAAAAUGAAAUAUCUUUUGUUUGUAUCUCUUUAUGUUUUAGCCCUUUCAGGGCCUGCUGUUGAGCCUAAAGACUCAGAUCUUGUUGCUCCACAGGAAAUGAUUGAUGAAAUCAACCGAGUCCAAGACUUAUGAAUUGCGUCAUCUGAGUGGGUUGGAAAUAUGACAUUUGCUCAAGUAAACUAUAUACAUUAAAAUAGCGACACGUGUCAACUUGCCCUCUUGGUGCAGCAGUUCAGACCUGAUGGCCACAACGAACUGAGACAGACUCCCAGCCGAGAAUCAAGUGCGGGCCCAUGAGAUGCAUAUCUGGGUAGGAUUUGGCUAUUUUACUGCUGGAAAUGGAGAUGCUCACAAUGUCCUUUGGAUACGAGGACACAUGGCCUAUUCCUCUACCGAGAAAUGAAGGUUUCAGCCCAGGCCAUGGGGAGUAGUCCUUUUCCUGUAGCUGACAAUGAAAGGCACUUCGGCACCCGAUAGACUCCAAGUAUAUCCUUGGAAUCAAGCAACUCAAUCGCCCGUAGCAAUGCUUAGGCUGGAGUCGAAAAGCAGAUGAAACUUCCGAACGGGAGAUCUUUGAUGACUGCGUCAUCAAUACGGCUAAUGACUUUAUAAUCCUAAUCCUGCUCAAGCCAAACUUUACGCAUCUUCAAAAUUGGAAGCUAAAAAAUUUCCAGAAAAAGACUGGGGUGCACUUUUAGACUACCUCUCAAUUCCAGCAUCUUUCGAUUCAAGAACGCAAUGGCCAAACUGCACAAAACCCUUAUGGGACGGUCAAAAUUGUAAUGGCGGCUGGGCAUUUGCUGCAGCCGAAACUAUGACAGACAGGUUUUGCAUUGCAACAAAAGGAGCAUUCAAUAUCACAUUUUCCCCUCUUUAUCUAAUAAUUUGUGAUGACACCAUGUCCGAAAAAAUGUGCUAUGGAGGAAGCGCUGAAAGUUGUUGGGAUUAUAUGAGGACAACAGGAAUUACUUCAAUAGAAUGCUUUCCUUAUCAUCCUGGUGACUGAGAUCAAUGGUGCCCUGAUGAUACAUGCCGUUGGGGAACAAAGAUUACUCUAUACAAGACUAAAUCUGUGAAAACUUUCACUAGCCCAUCGUCUAUUCAAGCAGAAAUAUUGCAAAAUGGCCCAAUUGAAGCUACAAUGACUGUUUAUGCAGAUUUCCAAGCAUAUAAAGGAGGUAUUUAUAAGCAUACCACAGGGAAACUUGUAGGGUACACCAGCGUGAAAAUUAUUGGGUGGGGAAACCAAAGCGGAACGAAUUAUUGGAUUGCAGGCAACUCUUGGGGAUCUACUUGGGGUAUGCAAGGAUACUUUAAUAUUGCUUUUGGACAGUGCGGCAUCGAUAGUGCUGGUGUAGCUGGCCCUCCUGAUCUUUCAAAUAUUCCAGCCAGUAAAAUUUAA